AUCCUGAGUAUAAUUCAGUGUUUAAACAGCCUCACCCUGCCCUGGCGGAUCUCUGGGUGGGUUAAUCAUAAACACAGGCAGAAUCCCUAUGGCAGCCAAAGGGUGAAGAGUGGAGUGUCUGGCAUGUGUGGGAUGAGUUGCUGAAGGCCAGCUUGACACCAGACAACAGGAAAGUGUAGGAGAUGGAAGGAAAAAAGCCCAGAAAGGGGCUGUUUGCUGGCAUGAAGCUGAAGAAGAAGAAAAAAGGCGAGAAAGGGCUGACUAUUGCAAACAAAGACGCAUUGGGUGAUCAUGAUGAGAUUUCAAGUUUUCUCCAUGACACUCUUGGAAGACAGGGAGAGGCAGAGGAAGACCUAAUGAACAGUGAUGCUCUGUCCAGUGCUUUUGGAUCCUUAAGCCCAAAUAGGAAAAGGGCAAAGCUGGUGACCAGAAUUCAUGAAGAGGAGAUGAAAUCCCAGAACUACCAGAUUGCCAUCACCAUCAUCGAGGCCAGGCAGCUGGUGGGCGAGAACAUCGACCCUGUGGUGAUCAUCGAGAUAGGUGAUGAGAAGAAGCAAACAACAGUAAAAGAAGGCACAAAUGCCCCUUUCUACAAUGAAUACUUCGUGUUCGAUUUCGUUGGACCACAGGUGUUGCUGUUUGACAAAAUAAUCAACAUCUCUGUUAUGCACCAUAAACUGAUUGGGAGUGUGCUGAUAGGCUCCUUCAAAGUGGAUCUGGGGACAGUGUAUAUUCAGCCAGGUCAUCAGUUUUGUGACAAGUGGGCACUUCUCACAGACCCUGCUGACAUUAGGACAGGAGCCAAAGGGUACCUGAAGUGUGACCUCAGUGUGAUGGGGAAAGGUGAUGCAAUACAAGCCACACAGAAAACAGCUGAUACUGAGGAACAGAUUGAAAAGAAUCUCUUGAUCCCCAAAGGCUUCCCAUCUGAAAGACCAUGGGCCAGAUUUUAUGUGAGAAUUUACAAAGCAGAAGGACUUCCAAAAAUGAACUCUAGCAUCAUGGCCAAUGUCACCAAAGCAUUCAUAGGCGACAGUAAGGACCUUGUGGAUCCCUAUGUGGUGGUCAUGUUUGCAGGGCAAAUGGGCCGGACAACCGUGCAAAAGAACUGUGCAGAUCCUGUGUGGCACGAGCAGAUUAUCUUCAAAGAAAUGUUCCCUCCACUCUGUCGAAGAGUCAAAAUCCAGGUCUGGGAUGAAGGCAGCAUGAAUGACGUGGCCUUGGCCACCCACUUCAUUGAUUUGAAGAAAAUAUCAAAUGAACAAGAUGGUGACAAAGGGUUUCUGCCUACCUUUGGGCCUGCCUGGAUCAAUCUCUAUGGCUCACCCAGGAGCCACAGCCUCAUUGAUGACCACCAGGAGCUUAAUGAAGGUUUUGGAGAAGGGGUCUCCUUCAGGGGACGUCUCUUCCUUGAGAUUGCUGUGGAGAUACUUUCAGGAGGAGCCCGUGAGUCGAAGUUUUCAAGCAUUAUCAAGGAUAUCAAAUUGUCAUCUAAAGAUAAAGCACUGAAAGGAAAAGACAAAACUGACAAAGCAGGAGAGGACCGAAAGUCAGCUUCUCCUUCAGACAAGAUGAACUCAACUGAAGUGGAAGUUGAGCCAUUUGAUGUACCUUUAGAGAUCUAUGAAGAGAAAUUUGAAGAAUUCCUUCUCUUUGGGACAUUUUUUGAAGCCACAAUGAUUGAUAGGAAGUUUGGAGACAAGCCAAUAACCUUUGAGGUUUCUGUUGGUAACUUUGGGAAUACUACUGAUGGAGUGCCAGCAGGAGCUGGAGGCAAAAAGAAGACACAUAAUGGAGAAGCAGAAGAAAGCCUUCUGUAUGAGGGGGAAGAUGACAUUUCUCAUGACCUUGGGGUACCCCUGGUAUCUACCACACCCCCUGAGAAGCCACUGAUCACAGGUGGGAACAGGAACUACCAGUACCUGCCCUAUGAUGAGAGGAAGCCCUGUAUCUGUGUAAAGAGCUGCUGGGGCAGCCAGACCUUUCGGCUGUACUCUUCCAACACUCUUGAGAAAAUGGCAGAUCACCUGGAAGAAUCAUUAGAGCAAGUAAAGGACUUGAUCAAGGUUUCAGAGACUGCAGCUGAGGAGAAAAUGAAGAAGACCCUAAAUGGUUUUAUCAAUCAAAGCAGGGCAUUCAUGGUCAUUGCUGAAAAGAAGCCCAAAGGGUUGAACUGCACUGCUUUGGACAAAAAGAGGCUCAUGCUGUUCAAGCAAGAGCUGGAAGCAAUGUCCAGUGAUGCCAAGGGAAUUGUUCAGCAGCAGAAAAAGAAGAUGCCAGUGGAUGAAAUGAUCCGUGAGACCCAGGGCUUUAUAGAUAAAAUUCGAUUCUUGGCUGAUGAGCCACAGAAUACAGUGCCUGAUGUGUUCAUCUGGAUGAUCAGCAACAACAAAAGAGUUGCAUAUGCCAGAGUCCCAGCAAAAAACAUCCUCUACUCCCCAGCAAAAGAGCAGAGAGGCAAGGACUGUGGGAAGAUUAAAACUCAUUUCCUGAAGCUGCCAGGCAAGCGCCCUCUGGGCUGGACUGUGCAAGCAAAGGUGGACAUCUACCUAUGGCUUGGACCCAGCAGCUAUGCCCACAGUGCCAUGGAGAAUUUGCCUGUAGGAUAUGAGAUUGAAUUAGCAUCCUACACCAACUCAGGGCACAGUGUGCUGCCCUCCUCUGCUUGCCUGCUGUAUAAAACCCUGCACCUCUUCCAGCUGAGAGCCCACAUGUACCAGGCCAGGGGGCUCAUUGCUGCUGACAGCACUGGACUUUCUGAUCCUUUUGCAAAAGUUACUUUCACAUCACGCUGCCAGACCACAAAGAUCAUUUCUCAGACAUUGUCCCCCACCUGGAACCAGACACUGCUUUUCAACAGCGUUGUGCUUCAUGGUGACAAAGAGGAGAUCGCGCAGUGCCCGCCGGAGGUUGUCAUCGAGCUGUACGAUGAUGAUGCAGUGGGUAAGGCAGAAUAUAUUGGGUCUACAGUGGCUGCCCCUGUGGUGAGACUUGCUCAUCAAAACUAUGAACCACCAAAACUUUGUUACCAUCCAGUGCACUGUGGAAGUCUUUCAGGAGGAGACCUUCUUGCCACAUUUGAGCUUCUGGAGAUUCCUGAGUCAGAUCCAGACAGACUUCCCCCUCUGGAUCCACCAGAUAUUGGCCAGAUUUACCCAGUCCCAGCUAACAUACGCCCUGUUUUAAGCAAAUACAGAGUCGAGGUCCUGUUCUGGGGCGUUCGAGAGCUGAAGAAAGUCCAGCUCCUCUCCGUAGAUCGGCCCCAGGUUCUCAUCGAGUGUGCAGGGAAAGGAGUCAAAUCCUCUGUCAUACAGAGCUACAAGAAAAAUCCCAAUUUCACUGGCCUGGCAGACUGGUUUGAAGUGGAGCUGCCUGAAAAUGAACUCUUGCAUCCACCACUAAGCAUCUGUGUGGUCGACUGGAGAGCGUUUGGGAGGAGUACUCUUGUUGGAACACAUACCAUCAACUGUCUGAAGCAAUUCCUAUGUAAAGCCCCAUUAGCUGCACCUAACAGAGUAGACAUUGCAGAAACUGAGAAGGUUUCAGUUUCAGCUUCUCCUGAGUCAUCCCAGCCUGCUGAGCUAUCCCAGGAAAAACCAUUUUCCGCUGAUGAGAUCUAUGCUGAGGUGGAGCAGGGUAAAUGGACAGUGGUAGAGCCAGACCCAUCCCUCACAGCACCUCCUGCCACUGAACCAGAGCACUCUGCCUCUGAGCCAGGGAAAGAGAAGAAGCAGAAGGAGAUUAAAAAAUCCAUCCGACGGUCAACAAGGAGGAGAAAAAGAACCAUUGCAGAUGAAUCAGCAGAAAAUGUUAUUGACUGGUGGUCAAAAUACUAUGCUUCUGUGCUCAAAAUGCAAAAGGCAAAAGGAAUUUUUUCCAGUGAAGGAAAACCUGAAGACAAUAAGCAGACUUCUGACCACAUAGCAUUGAUUAUAGAGGAUGAGCCAGACAAAAAGAAGAAGGAUAAGACAUUGAAAAGGAUACAGAAGGAAACUCCAAACCUAGCAACACUGCAGAUUUAUGAAGGAGACUUGGAGAGUGAAUUUAAUAACUUUGAGGACUGGGUGAAAACUUUCCAGCUCUUAAGAGGAAAAUCUAAUGAUGAAGUUCAUGCUGAUUCUGAUGACAGAAUAAUAGGAAAAUUUAAGGGCUCCUUCUGCAUAUACCCAAGUCCUGAGGAUGGCAGCUUGCUGGAUGGAGGGCAGCCCCGUAUCCUGCAAGGGAUCCCCCCAAACCACCCUGUCAAAGUGCUCAUCAGGGUUUAUAUCGUGGCAGCAUUCAACCUCAGCCCAGCUGAUCCAGAUGGGAAGUCAGAUCCCUACAUUGUGCUGAGGCUGGGCAACACAGAAAUUAAAGACAGGGAGAACUACAUCCCCAAGCAGCUAAACCCAAUAUUUGGAAGAUCAUUUGAAAUCCAGGCUACAUUCCCCAAGGAUUCCUUGCUCACAGUCCUGAUCUAUGACCAUGACUUCAUUGGGACAGAUGAUCUUAUUGGAGAGACUAAAAUUGAUUUGGAAAAUCGUUUCUACAGCAGACAUCGAGCUACCUGUGGGUUACAGAGUCAAUAUGAAAUAGAAGGGUACAAUGCAUGGCGAGAUGCAACCAAGCCAAGUGAGAUCCUCACUAAGCUGUGCAAGGACUACAGAAUAAGUGGGCCCUUCAUGAGGCCAGGAGAGAUACAAGUAGGAACAAAAAUCUUCAAGGGACAGACAGUCUUCACAGAAGAUGAGAAUGAGGAGCCAGUUGAAUCAUACGAACAUCUCUCCUUAAAGGUUUUACGUGCUUGGGAAGAAAUCCCUGGAGCUGGCUACAAACUGGUCCCAGAGCACAUUGAGACUCGGCCCCUCUACCAUAAGGACAAGCCAGGCAUGGAACAGGGUCGUGUACAGAUGUGGGUUGACAUGUUUCCUAAUGAUAUGCCUCUGCCAGGACCCCCUGUGGACAUUUCACCAAGAAAACCCAAAGGAUAUGAACUGAGGGUAAUAAUCUGGAAUACAGAGGAUGUUAUUCUAGAAGAUGAAAACAUCUUUACGGGGCAAAAAUCAAGUGAUAUCUAUGUAAAAGGGUGGAUAAAGGGCCUGGAAGAGGACAAACAGGAGACAGAUGUACAUUACAAUUCCUUGACAGGAGAGGGCAACUUCAACUGGCGCUUCGUGUUUGCCUUCCACUACCUCCCAGCAGAGAAACAAAUGGUGGUUACUAAAAGAGAAAACAUAUUUUCCUUAGAAAAAACAGAACGCAAAAUACCUGCUGAGCUGGUGCUUCAGGUGUGGGAUUUUGAAAGACUCUCUUCAGAUGAUUUCUUGGGCACUCUUGAGUUGGACCUGAAUGGGUUCCCUCGGGCAGCAAAGACAGCCAAGAGCUGUGACUUAGGCACAGUUGUGGCAGCAAGUGAAGAAAACAAGAUCUCCAUAUUUCAGCAGAAGCGCAUCAGAGGCUGGUGGCCUUUCAUCAAGGCUGGGGAGCUCACGGGCAAGGUGGAAGCUGAGUUUCAUUUGGUCACAGCAGAAGAAGCUGAGAAGAAUCCAGUAGGCAAAGCUCGAAAGGAGCCUGAGCCCUUGGAAAAACCCAAGAAUGAUGACUCUACCACUUCCCUGGGAAGCCUGUUCCAGUGCUUGACAGCCCUGUUGGUCAGUAAAUUUUUCACCAAUACACAAUCUAAACCCUCCUUGAAGCAACUUGAGGUUAUUUCCUCUCAUCCUGUAAUUUGUUACUUGGAAGAGGACACCAAUUCCCACCUGGCCAUAGCCUCCUAUCAGGUGGUGUAAAGAGCAAUAAGGUCUCCUCUGAAGCCUUCUUUUCUCCAGGAUGAACAGCUUGAGUUCCCUCAGCUGCUUCUCACAAGACUCGUGCUCAGACCUUUCACCAGCAUCAUUGCCCUUCUUUAGACACACAAAGGAUGUGAUUUCCACCUCUAAUUUUAUUGUUCUUUAUACUCAAAGAAUGAAGAUGCUUAUUUUCCAUCAUAAGACUUUUUAAUGAGGACAUUGUAAGUGUUUUAGCAAAGGCAAGUGAUAUAGAAGGAGUAAUUUUUCUUUCAGUAUUUGUCACAUUUAAAAAGUAUCAGCUGAGGUUUUUGCAUUCAGGAACAAAGUACUUUUUAAUCUAUUUUGGCUCAAGUGCUUUGUUCUACUAAAACACUUGAGCAGUUUUUUUAUGAGGUAGAUAAAAAAAAAAGAGUGUGAGAAAUUGAUGUUAUAUUUCCUGCUACCAAAGCUUCUAAAAUUCAAUUGCUAGUCAUAAUGGUAAUGAUUACACAUUCUGUCUAAUUUUGUUGGUUUGAGAUACAUCUCAGGAUAAACAUGAGAAAGGAGGAAACAGCAUAAAGGAAUUAUCAGAUCAGAGGUAUCAGAGCAUUGUUUAAAAUUAGCCUUGGAAAGACUUUAAUCCAUCACUUCACCCAACCCCUUUACCCAAAGGCAGGAUGAGCUUUGCCUGACAGGAGUCUGCAUGAAAGAUUCCCAGUAAUGAAAACUAAAGCACCUCUUAGAGGAGAGAGGAAUGGGAUAGCUCUGAAAUACAUGUGGUGGAAGGCAGUCAGCCUAGGGAGUUUUAAGAGGGAGUGUCAAGUGGAAUAGAAGGAUUACAUGUCCAGAGGGGUGUCAACAGGAUACACAAGGCAUUGUCUUAUUUUCCUCCCAUUUUUUGAGACCCAGCUCAUGCACCCAUGGCUGCCUUGGGCUCCCUGUGUUUUCAGCUCAAGGGCAUUUUAUCUGCAAAUGCGCUGCUGGGCCAAAAAGUUGUCACCAGCCUGGUGGCCUCUUCUCUGCUGCACAGUCUGGAGGUGUUUUGAUCCAGAAGCCACAAAACCAGAGUCUUCCUCCAGAUCUUGCACUGAGUUAUCAGAGGUUUUUGUGGUGUGAAUACACAGCCAACAUAUGGCUCAAUAUAAUUCUAUCUCAACUUAGAUGAAGGCCUCAAUUAAAUCAAAAGUAGGGUGGGGAUAGUGUCAUUUGACAAUUCCCAUCUCAGAAGCAAAACAUUCAGGCUCCUUUUGUAGCUGCUCAUGGUACAGGUGGAGGACUCAUCCCAUAUCCUUAGGACACAUAUCCUGAGAUAUGAGCUGGGGAAAGAGAUGACUUUGCCUUCUGAAGGUCCUUCCUCUCCCCAUGCGGGCAGGCCAUGAAACACCAGACUGAGCACCCAGGCUUUAAAGUUGGGCAGAAUAAGUCCUUAGGUUACUAAAGCAAUAUCAGCAUGUGAAUAAUAAAAAUUAUUUUAGCUAGACACUCACUCACUGGAAAGAAAAUAAACUAACAGUUGAAGACAGAGCAUGCCUCAUUUCAUUAAAGUUUAAAGAUAUUAAAGUUUACCAACUCAGUGCCCCCAAAUCAUGCAAUAUGUGGUUCAUACAUGCAGAGUAGUCACAAUCAGCUGGGAGAUAAAAAAAAAAAUUGAUUCUACCCUUCAAAUGAGUUCUCUUCAGGAAGGAGUGGAUCUCAAAGACCUCUUUUCUCAGGACCUCCAGGUCUCUCUGCCAGUACUGUAGAUUCAUUCUAAUUUUUUUGCUUAUCAUGUAGGAACGACCCGAGAAGCAGAGACAUUUUCAGAUUUUUUUGUGAAAUUAUUCCUUUUAAUUAAGAAACAAAAUAAUUUCAAAACAAAAAAGAAUUUUCUAGGACCUAUAGACAGUAGCAGACUCUUUAAUGUGCCAGAGCAAAGGUGGACAAAGAUUAAAUGUCUGUGAACUAUGGAGAGGAGCAUGCAAACAAAGAAUAAGGUUCAAUGAGUGUAAUUUCCUGCUGGCCAAAGCACUAUGAGGUUAUUCAUCUCUUCAGUGCUGCUGAUCAAGACAUGAUGCCUUUCUGGAUGCAGUCUAUUAUAAUAAAUACACUGCUAUAACUGGUAAUGAGUUCUAUUGCCCACGUUGCAAAGGAAACAAAUUAAAUAAGCAAGUCUGGCUUGCUUUUUUUUCCCCCCCAGCCUUUAAAGGUUAUGAAAAGUACUCAAGCAGUUAGUACAGGCAGACUAAGUAGUCUGCAUGCAGAUGGUACAUGCAUGCAGUACUUCAGUUUAGUCUGCAUGCAGUUAGUACCUGCAGACUAAACUGAAGUAGUUUUAGUCUUCAGGGUGUCCAAUUUUUUAAUAAUUCUUUUUAACCUGGAGGGCUGAUUCGAUUAUUUAUUUCUGAAUAAUAUCCACCUCAAUAAAAAGCCCAAUCUUUUAUAAAAAGAUAUUCAGUUGGCCUUUUACAUUCACAGGCUUUCUGUCACAUUGGCAUUCACUUCCACUGGCUUAAUGCUGAGUUCACUAGAUAAUAAAGACAUUGACUAAAUUCCUGGAACACCUUUCUGGAGUGAGACAUGGCCACAGCUUUUUGUGAACCUCAGUUAAUUUCAUUCUCCUUAUUGCUGCACCAUCUGCACAAUUACAGUGACACUGGAUAAGAAAGACAACCUGCCCAGGUUUUGCAGGUGUUAGUGUUGCCCAACACCACUGCAUUCAUCAGGCCAUCCCACUGAAGAGCUGGCAGAUGCUGCCUUGGGUAGGGCUGUUGGAGCAGCAGCACAGUGCCCUCCCAGCCCAGGUGUCAUGUCAGAGGAGACACCAAGCCAACAUUUUUCCUAAGCAGAACCCUGUUUUCCUCUCUGUGUGCAGUCAGCUUUGUUGUACAGUGGGAAGAAACUUUUGGGUAUGGAGGAGAGCACAACAUGGGGCAAUAUUUGGAAAAACUUGGAUUGCUGGUUGCAGAUAUUCUCCACUGGAAGAAGGUGGCUCUUCUUUAUGUACACAGGCAAACCACCUGGGUUUCAUUUCAUCAUUCCCUGUAUUCAAGAGGCCUGUGUUAAAUUUCCUUCUGAAAAUACACCAUUUUGGGCCACAUGCCAGACCUGAGCUGACUCUGAUUAUUAUGGCACCUUGACUACCACUGUGCAAUCAGACUUUUUGUAGUGGCUCAUUACCACUUUUGUGAUGCUAAAUUCCUUGAAAUUACUAGAAAGCUUUUGUACCCAAGUUUAUGAUGCCUGCGUUUCUUCUUUAGGGUUUAUCAGGAUCUUGUUUCCAAUUUUGAACCCUAUAUCAUGACAUAAAUUGAAGUA